AUGCAGCCCCCGGGGCCGGCGGCGGUGGCGGUGGCGGUGGCGGCGGCGGCGGUGGCGGGCCGUGGCGCUUCUAAGCUGUGCAGCCUGAGCGUCCUGUACAAAAGCGAGCCCAGGGCAGUGCUGCUCAAGGCCGCCUACGACAUGUCUUCCUUCAGCUUCUUCCAGAGGCCCAGCGUUCGGGAAUUCAUGGCCUUCACGAGUCAACCGAUUGUGGAGCGCUCGGCGAAAGGCAGCAGAGCUUCUGUCAAACAACAAGAGUAUCUGUGCCACGUCUAUGUCCGGAAUGGUAGUCUUGCAGGUGUGGUCAUUGUGGACAGUGAAUACCCAUCCCGAGUGGCCUUUACCUUACUGGAGAAGGUACUAGAAGAAUUCUCCGAACAGGUUGACAGGAUAGACUGGCCACUAGGAUCCCCAGCUACAAUUCAGUACACAGCUUUGGAUGGUUACCUUAGUAGAUACCAGAACCCCCGAGAUGCUGAUCCCAUGAGUAAAGUGCAAGCUGAACUAGAUGAGACCAAAAUCAUUCUGCACAACACCAUGGAGUCUUUGUUAGAGCGAGGCGAGAAGCUCGAUGACUUGGUGUCCAAAUCAGAAGUACUGGGAACCCAGUCGGAAGCCUUCUAUAAAACUGCCCGAAAACAACAUUCAUGCUGUGCAGUCAUGUGACGCAGCCCAUAGAGGCUGGCGCUGGAUCCUC